AUCUUCUAAAGUUAGGCAAUCAAAGCUUCUUGAAUAUCAAAAAAUGAAGUUACUUGGUUGGAUGCAUAGGAAAUUUCGUCAGAAUAGUGAUACAGAACCAUUCAAAGAUUCGGUCAUUGGAAAUUCUUGCAAUUGUCUAUCAGGCCAACCAUCACUCGACGAUGAACAAAAACCAAAUCUUGGAAUCAAAUUCACCAAACAAACACAAAAAACUUCCAACAAUUUCAGAAAAUCAUUUGCAGGUCUAGAAUCAACAAGAGAAGAAGAAUUCGACAUAGAAUCACAAGAUGAUUCUAUGUUUGAUCUCUUCCCUGGUUUCUUAGCAAUUGGAACACUUGGAUCAGACCAAACCAUUUCAUCAAAUCCAUCAACACCAACAUUUCCAAACAAUGUCUCAGUUGAAACCAUUACUGAAAAUGAAGAUGAAGUAACUGAAAAUGAUUUAAAACUCAUCAAUGAUGAGUUAGAGAAAGUUCUUGUAGCUGAAACAAAAGAUGAUGUUAUAAGCUAUGAUUCAUCAAGCAGAAAUAGCCACGUCAGCACUGGUAGAAGUAGCCACGUCAGCAUAAUAACAAUCAGUGGAAAAAUAAAUGAAGGAACAGAAUCAUAUGCAAAUAAUGCUGUUUGUCCUUUACAAGGUUAUUUGUUUGGAACAGCUUUUGAAAUGUCUGAAACAAAUGUUACAAGUGUUACUAAGAAAGAACAUAGGACUUCACUUGGUGAAUUGUUUCAGAGAAGUAAAAUUGCUGAUUCUCAAGAGAAUAAUUUUGGAGUGAAAUUUGAAAAGGAAUUUGAUAAAAGAAGUGAAAGGGAUGGUGAGAAAUAUUCUACUAUGAAUUUGAUGAAGGAAAAGGUGAAAAAAAGAAUGUUUCAUUCUUGUUCUAAGAAUUCUGGUUCUAUGAAUGGUGGUGGAAGUGUUGAUUCUGCUUCAGCAGCUGAGACAAAACUCAAUAAGAUUCUCCAUAUGUUCCGGAAAAAAGUCCAUCCAGAAAAUUCAACAAUUGGACAGAAAUCUGGUAAACAUCGAAAGAAUGAGAACAAGAAGAAAAUAAUGAAUGAUGGAGUUCACAACAAAGGCUACCUUGUUCAUCCAGAACAAGAUUCAUCUUCUUACAGGGAGCAUUGGAUCAAAACAGAUGCAGAUUAUUUAGUUCUAGAGCUUUGAAAAGAAAAGAAGAAAUUGGGUUGUUUUAAGUUGUUAUCCUUUAUUAAUAAUAUGUAAUGUCAUGUUUGUACUUUUAUAUUGUGAUCAUAUUAUUGAUCAUCACUGUUUGUGACACAUACCAAACUAUAUGAUAUAAUAUGAAGCUGUUUGGGUUGAUAAA